GAACUCACUCAUCGCCAGAUCAUCACGCCGAUGUCCGACCAACAGCAGCAGCAGCAGCCACUGUCGCUGAAACGUGGCCUGGUGAAGCAGGUGCUGUGCGGCGAUGCCAUCGUCCUACAGGGGCCGCCGAUGAAUGGGCCACCGAAGGAGGUGACUGUGUAUUUGAGUAAUGUGACUGCACCGCGGCUGGGAAAAAGGCCAACCGAUACGGAACCGGGCAAGGACGAUGAGGUGUUUUUUUAUGACAAAUUCUGGCAGAAAACGAGUAAAUAG